UGAGACACAGCAGAGGGGGGAACUGGAAAUCAACCUCUCUACUCUCACACACCCCAGUCUCUAUGACUGUGGACGACUCCCAUCUACCCAUCCCCUGGCUCCUCAUCUCUAUGGCCUCUGGAAGCUCCUCCCCCACCCUCUCUGCAGCCCUGGGACUGCAGGAGGAGCAGAAGGGCCCUGAGGGGUAGAUGUGGGGGCUGGGCAGGGAGUAGAACUAACAACCAGGCAGGGGACAGGCAGAGGUGGGGCCUGGGCAGGGACAAAGGAUGAAUGGAUCAGGGUUUGGGGGGUUGGGGAGAAGCAGCAGCUGCAGGGAGUGUUUUGUACAGAUCUGUGUCCUUAGAUCUCAUUGGUGUCUCCCCGCCCGGGAUCAACAAGAGGGGAAGGGAUAAGAUCAGGGAAAGAAUAGAGCAGCCAAGGGGGAUGAUCUGUGACAGGGAGGAGAGACACAGGAAAAUAAACAGGGAUGGGAAGUGAGGGCUAGAACAAUAAUGAAUAGAAAAGGACAGUAUGAAAGGAAAGGGAAUGUGAGUGGGACGGAGAGAUUUAUUACGUGUCACUGAAAGUGAGACUGUAUCUCAUUAAUUCCCUAUAUUAAUUCCUGGUCAUUGGUGCUAUUUUAUUGCCAUAAAGAAAACUGUUCUCAGUAGCUGGGGAUCUCCUUGCCAUGCUGCAAUUAUUAAAGCUCCUUCUUAGCUCCUUUUACUUUUCUACUUUCCAGCUACUAACUGUAAAUAAACCAUUACAAACAAUUCUUCUUGUUUGUUCCACUUUAAUGUUCCAGCUACAGGUGCUGGGGGCAGCAUCAUGGGAUUUGCUUCUGACUGGGUUGUGUCCCCCCAGCUCCCACAGGGAAUGUUGCGCCUCUAGGAAGAGAGUUUGCAUUUUCCAGUGUGAUGUGUCACUCUCCAGCCUGUGCUCUGUCUCUGUCCUGUGCACACCCAUGUCAAUCAGGAAUUGCUCAGCUGUGCUCUGCGGAGAGGUGACUGGUUACACAGGGUGUAAUCCAUGAAGGGACUCGGGUGUUGCAAUGCUGAGCAUCACAGUGAGUAAUUUUUAGGCAGCGAGAAAAUCACAGGAACAGCAGCAGCACUGUGACCCUCACAGCUGAGUCAGGGGCGUAAACUCCCUAGACAGUGCAUGAUCGACACAGGAACCUUAAAAUGAGAUUCACAAAAGCCACCUCAGUAGGCGGGGAGCCAUGUCAGCUAGCCAAUGGGAGAUGCCGACAAGGGGGGAAGGGGUGUCCUAAACCACACCCCUCUCAUGAAUAGGUGCCUAAAUCUGGGCUGCAGUGGGGUGUGUGUCUCUGCUUAGCAACCCACAAACAGGAACCAACCACCUGACAUCCGGGGCCCCCAGUCGCAGCUGCUGCCAGUGCCUGGUAGUGGUGGCAGCAGCUGGGAGCCCCAGGCCCUUUGAAAAUGCCCCAGCAGGCUGCAGGGCUCCUAGAUGUACGCGCUGGAUGGGUGCAGUGGCAAAUUAGGGGAAGGAAAAGCCCCAGACCCCGGCAGGAGCCACACUGGGUGGGGUGGGGGGAAAGGAGAAGCCCUGGACCUAAGUUCCCUCUAAGCUAUUCCCCUUCCCUGGCCCCCACCACGCCUAGCCCCAACCUGCCCUGGCUGGGGAACAGAUGCCUGCAGCCAGGCCGCUGGAGAUGCUGCGACCAUGAUUUUAAUACACUGUAAUUCAUGGUAAUGUAAUGAUGUAGUUCUUCUUUGAGUGAUUGCUCCUGUGUAUUCCACAGUAGGUGUGCAUGCUCCCACAUGCACGGGUGCCGGAAGUGUUUCCCUUAGCAGUACCAUACUCCAGGUCUGCUGUAGCCCUUCUUCUCGACCUUGGUGGGACCGUUGGUAGAUCGUCCUUCAGUUGUUAGAGUGGGCUCAGGGCAUGACCCGUGCCCCAGGCUUCAAGUCAUGCAACUCCUGUCGCCGUUCUAUGCCCAGGAGCGACCCUCACACUGAGUGUCUUCGCUCCCUGGGUGAGACUCACAUUAGUGACCGUUGCAAGAUCUGUAGGUCGUUCAAGCGAAGGACCAAGAAGGAGAGAGACUUUAGACUCAGAGCUCUCCUGAUGGAGUCGGCACUGACCCCGACGCCGGUAUGCAGAUCGGACUCCGUGCCGGCCGCCACGUCAUCGGUACAUAGCGAGGCCCCUUCGACUAGUUGGCACCACUCUCCCUCCAAAAAGCAAGGGAAGGGACUGGCCUCGCAACGAUGCUGCAGCAAGGAUAAGGGGGAGGCUGGUCCCGCGCUGGCCAGCCCUCGAUCCCCCCGUGCUCAAAAGCUCCAACUCACGUGGAGCGGAGCAGCCCGGUACCGUCGGCCCAGGCAUCCCCACUGGUAUGGAUGCCGUCGAUGCCGGAGGUGGUGCAGGCUGUGAAGGACAUUAUGUCUUUGCCCAUCUGGAGCUCACAAACGGGCCCGGGCCCUAGGUCGCGAGGCAAGCCCCCGUUGGGUGCCCACCAGACCUCUCCAAGCAGCCGCAGUUCCCGCUCUGAGGAUUGCUCCCUGCACUGCUCGGCACGCAGCAGCCACUCUUCUCACAGCUCCCAGCCACCCUCGACGCCGUCCAGACCGUUCAGGGCACCGUCGGGACGGGGGUCGCGGGGAUCCUCUCUGCCACCUGCCAGCGAGUGUAGGCACCGAGAGAGGCACUGAGAGCGCUCACCUGCUAGACAUAGCCACUGGAGCCGCUCUCGAUGGCACAGAUAUUGGCAUUCCAGUUCCAGCUCCCGCUCGUCUGGAUGUCACACCAGAGGCUCCCCUCGGGGUACUUCAGCAUCAGGGCACCGGGCUUCGCGUCGCCAUCAUGCGUACCGAAGCAGUUCGUCGUAUGGGUACCGUUCAUCGAUGUAGAGAUCCCGGUCCUGAGCUAGACGACAUCACAGACACCGCUCCUACUGCUCCCACGGCACCGAGCGCUCGUGGGCGACCUCGGCCUCAGCACCUGCCCAUCCAUCCUCGGCAUGGUCUGUUCCGCCGGGACACAUAUUGCCAUCACAGGCUCAGCCAAACCAAUGGCAAGGGACCCCGUGACAAGUGCAGUGGUGCCAGUGGGCACCGUGACCAUCGAUGCCAGUCCCAAUGGAGGCCCGUUCAGUCGCUGGAGCGUCCCAAGCUCCAUCGGCCUCAUCUGGCCACCCACAGGACAAGUGUGCGGGUCAUGAGUCGACAGACCCACGCCAGGACUCUGACCUCGGUCUUGACGCCCCAGUACCCACCGAGGCCCCCCAGCUCCAUGCGGGCUCUCUCUCUGGUUCGGGACAAGACCAUAGCAGCACCUCUGCCAUCAGUCCCACAGGAGGACUUUAAGGCACACCAGGACCUGCUAAAGUGGGUGGCAUCCAACCUCCAUCUGCAGACCGAGGAGAUGGAAGGUCCAUCUGAUACCCUUUUUAACGUCCUGUCUCCCACGGCACUGGGCCACGUGGCCCUGCCUCUGCACCAGGGUAUUGCCAAUAUCUCUACCUCCCUGUGGUAUACUCCCACGUCCCUGGCCCCAAGCUCGAAAAAGGCCAAGAGGAAAUACUUUGUGCUGGCGAAGGACCAUGAAUACCUCUAUUCCCACCCGGCACCCAACUCGCUCAUAGUGGAAUCAGUAAACCACAGAGAGGACCAGGGCCAGCAUGCACCCACCCCCAAGAACAAAGACACCAGGAGACUGGACUCCUUUGGCAGAAAAUUUUAUUUGUCGACUAGUUUCCAGCUUCGCGUAGCCAACCACCAGGCCUUGCUCAGCAGGUACGACUUCAACCUAUGGGAGUUCCUGCCUAAAUUUGAGCCGGACUGGGACAGGAAGGACUUCAAGGCCCUGGUAGAAGAGGGGUCGGUGGUGGCUAAAGCGGCCCUCCAAGCAGUGUCCGAUGCUGCUGACAUGGCGGUCCACUCAAUGGCUUCCUCGAUUGCCAUGCGCAGGGCAUUAUGGCUCCUGUUGUCCGGACUGUCGAUGGAGGCCCAGUCUCUUAUGCAGGACCUCCCAUUCGAUGGCAAGGCGCUCUUUGUGGACCAGAUGGACGUCAGGCUGCAUGGGAUGAAAGAUUCACAUGCCACCUUGCAGACCUUGGGCCUCUAUGUCCCCCCGGCUAAGGACAAGGCCAAAUCGCUCCCGGCGGCUCAACCUGUGAGGAGCAGAUAUGAGCCCCCGUACAAAAGACCCAGAGACCAGAAGUGUUGGUCUCAGCAGCAGUCCCACUCUGCCACACAGCCUGGGCCCUCUAAGGGCAAGAGGCAGGGAAAGAGGCAGUUUUGACUAUUUGCAGGGGUGCACCGGGCCUGUUGCCAGGGAGACCCCCCACACUUGUAGCUUCUGCCUCAUUCCACCCUGAACCCCCCUCACUUGUGUUAAUCCCUCCCCCCCCCCCAAGCUAAUGUAGUUUUGUGCUGCAACUGCUGCUGCGCAGUAACAUUCUGGACAGGUUCAGUCCUGGUACCGUGGCCUGUUGCUCCCGAGCUGUGACAUUUCAGAGCAGGCUGGGUGUGGAGGGGAGGCCCCAUAGCAAAGUUCAGCACGGAGGCAGCUUGGACACAGUGAGAUUUAAGGUGGGGAGGGGGAGGGGAGCUCUGUCAAUGUUCACUGAGU